CCCUUCCAACCCUGAGAUUCUCUGGCUCUGUGACUGUCUCCUCCAAGUGACAUGGGCUCUUGUCUCUUGCACGGCCACAGCUAAGGAUGGUGAGUGUCCGGCCGAAAUGAAGGGGCCCGCACGCCCCCCUCAGGCCUACUGUCUCUCGGACGAGUCCUGCCCAGGGAGCGAGAAAUGCUGCAGCGAAGGCGACAGGAGAGUCUGCGUCCUCCCAGAUUCAGUGCACCCUGGGUAUUGUCCCAAGCCAGACCCCGGCCCGGUCACCAUCUGUCUUGUGAGCUGCUCUGACGACGCGCAGUGCUCCAUGGACGAGAAGUGCUGCGUUAUCGGCUGCCACAGAAAAUGCACCAAAGCUGAGCCAGCCUCCCCUGGUGUUUGUCCCAAGAGGAAAGUGCUGCAACCAUUUGCUCCUUGCAACAACAAGUGUGAUACCGACAGGAGCUGCCCUGCGGAGCAGAAAUGCUGCUUCACCGGCUGUGCCCUUGACUGUGUCCCCCCACAAGCAGGUGCCCUCAGCACCGCCCCGCCGCCUGCCCAGUCCGGAGAGGGCUGGGACUGGACCAAACAGACUCCAGAGGGAGGCAGUGUUCCAGGGAAGCCUGGGAUGCCAAGGAAACGUGGCACCUGCCCACCCAACCUCAUCAAGUGUCUCUACACGGAGCCCCCUCUGUGCCUCAACGACAGCGACUGCCGGGGACGGCAGAAGUGCUGCUACAACAUGUGUCGGUUCCGCUGCGUGGACCCGGAGGAAGAGAAACCCGGCAUCUGCCCAGCUGAGGCCCCAGAGGGCAGCUUUGAUCCCUGCUUUUUCCGCUGCUCCGAGGACAAGGACUGCCUGGGAAGCGAGAAAUGCUGCCUCCUGAGCUGUGGGGCCGGCUGCCUGGAGCCCGUGCAGGAUAUCUGCCAGCUGCCAGUCCAAGCGGGUCUCUGCGACGUCUACUCCUUCCGGUACUUCUACAAUGCCACCGCCCAGAGGUGCGAGCAGUUCUUGUACCGCGGCUGCAGGGGAAACGCCAACAACUUUAGGACAAAAGCCGAGUGUGUCCAGGCCUGCGCAGGCCACGAGAAGCCCGGCGAGUGCCCAGCCGUCGCGCAGGGACAGGCCGGUGCCUGUGACAAGAAAUGCCGCCGCGACGACGACUGCCCGGGUUCCCAAAAGUGCUGUGGGAACGGCUGCGGCUCUGAGUGCACCUCAGUCACCCCAGAAGUGAGGCCUGGAGUCUGCCCGGCAUUACCAGGAGGAGCCGUCGGUGCCUGUGAGGAGAGAUGCCGUUCUGACAGCGACUGCCCGGGCGCCCAGAAGUGCUGCAGCAACGGCUGUGGCCUGGCCUGCAUGGCGGUGACACUUCUCGUGAAACCUGGCGUGUGCCCAGCCAGAGGCCCAGGGGCCAGCGGGGAGCCCUGUCUAUCCCCCUGCGCCCAGGACAGCGAUUGCAGAGGAACCGCCAAGUGCUGCCCCCUCGGCUGUGGCCGCACCUGCCUCGCCCCUCAGAAAGAGAAACCGGGGCUUUGCCCAGCAUUUAAAAUCAGAGACGAGGGGCCUCCCCUGACGCUGUGCCAGCAGGACAGCGACUGCCACAAGAGAGACAAGUGCUGCAGGAUGGGCUCCAGCUACGUCUGUGCACCGCCCUCCCCCACGGCAGCGGAACCCGGUGCUGGCCCAGCGACCCCCGAGGGGCACAGUGGGCAGAGAUGCCGCAGUGACCGGGACUGUCCGGGAGCAGAGAUGUGCUGCAGCCAUCGGUGCCGCGCAGAGUGCCCCGCGCAGGGCGAAGGGACCCCCACAUCUGGCCCAGCCACCCCCGAGGGGCAUGGUGGGCAGAGAUGCUACAGUGACCAGGACUGCCCGGGAGCAGAGAGGUGCUGUAGCCAUCGGUGCCGCCAGGCGUGCCCAGCGCAGGGCAGUGGGAAGCCUGGAUUCUGCCCCGUGCGCAACGGGCUCUACUUCAGCUAUGACUGUGACGCCAGAUGCCAAGGGGACGGCGAGUGCCCCGGGGCCCAGAAGUGCUGCCUGCGCGGCUGCGACCACGAGUGCUUGGCCCCUUCUGAAGAGAAGCCCGGCAUCUGCCCCCUGACAGACGGGACAACGUCCGAUUCCCCCUCGUGCAAGUCCUCGUGCGCAGAGGACAAGGAGUGUGCAGGGGACCAGAAGUGCUGUGACAGUGGGUGUGGCCGGACAUGCCAGGCCCCGGAGAGAGAGAAACCUGGCGCGUGCCCAGCGCAGAAGCCCUGGCAAACACUGGUGCCGUGCAACGAGGAGGACACCUGCGCUCAUGACCGGGAUUGCCCCAGGCAGGAGAAGUGCUGCUUCGCCGGGUGUGCCAUGCACUGCGGCCCCCACUACAAAGAGCAUCCCGGUGCCUGUCCCAGGGCAAAGGCCUGCAGCGACCCGACGCAGCGCCGGUCAAACCAGUGCCUGGACGACCACGUGUGCGAGAGACACGAGAAGUGCUGCGAGACGGGGUGCCGCCGGGAGUGUGUGGCCGUGCGCACAGAGAGCGAGGACAAGUCUGGGGACGGCACCACGGGCCCCUGCGUGGACGAGUGCAGGGCUGACGAGGAGUGUCCCAAAGGACAAAGAUGCAGAAGCAAUGGCUGCGGCCGUGUCUGCCAGGAAGUCUCCCGAGGCGUCUGCCCGAGGCCCCUGGGCUUUGGGGCGUGCGUGGAAUUGUGCUUUGCUGAUGUGGAGUGUCCCAGGGGACAGAAGUGCUGCAGCAAUGGGUGUGGCCACGUCUGCAUGACGGCAAUCACCGGAGGGAGACCUGGCCUGUGUCCAGAGCCCCAAGGGAAAGGCCUUUGUGUGGAGCGAUGCCGGGAGGACGAGGAGUGUCCCAGGGGGAAGAAGUGCUGCAGUAAUGGGUGUGGUCACGUCUGCAUGUCCCUGAUCUCUGCAGAGAAGCCUGGGACCUGCCCACCGGACCCAGCGAAGUGUCGACACGCAGCCCCCCCGGAGUGUGACAGUGACGGCGGGUGCCCUGGGAGGAAGAAGUGCUGCUUUAGGACGUGUGCCAUGCGCUGCAUAGACCCAGAGGAAGAUGCUGUAUAACGAGCGGGCCCAGCGCUGCAGGAGCUGAAAGGAAGCCACACCUUUAUCACGGGACAGCCCAUCGUUAGAACCCCCUCCCGCCUGCUCUGCCCAUGUAACCUCCAGACCACGACAGACUCCCCAGCAAUAAAGCGAGUGCCGGCGC